AUGUCAGCAGAGGUCGAUGUGUCUGCACUCCCAACUAUAUUUGAUCCCUUGACAUGCACUCGCAAGGGCCUAUGUCCUGUAACCGUCAUCAGAAACGAGGCUGGCCCCCUCGAGAGCCAUUCUCUCUACUUUGAACAGCAUGGAUCGGGCCCAGAGAAGAUGCUAUUCAUCAUGGGGUUGAACAGCACCUCGUUUUCAUGGUUCCCACAAGUGGACUACCUCAGUCGCGACCUGAAGUACUCUGUCCUCGUCUUUGAUAAUAGAGGUGUAGGCAACAGCAGCGCGCCUAGAGGACCUUAUUCAACGAGUAUGAUGGCAGAAGAUGUCAUAGUAUUACUCGAUUACCUUGGUUGGACAGCUAACCGUGACCUUCAUGUAAUCGGACUUUCGCUGGGAGGGAUGAUUGCGCUAGAAUUGGCCAGUAGAAUUAGCGACCGAAUUGUGUCUCUCACACUUGCUGUCACGAGGGCGAAGAGGACCAUUCGAUCAUCCUUUCCUUCUUCAUGGCUUGAUGCCACCGCAGAAGACGAUCCUCAAGGUAGAACGAAUCGAGUGAUUCAAACGAUCGAAUACCGCAGACGUUUCGAGGUUACACGCCCGCAGCAGCCAGUGGGUGCCCUAUCACAAAUGGUAGCGGGUCUCACACAUAGCGUAUCGCCUGAACGGCUGAAGACGGUGUCGGCCUCAAUACCAAAAGUGCUCAUAAUCACCGGUGACGAUGACUACCUGGUAGAUCCCAGUAACAGCUUUUAUAUGAAGGAGCACAUGCCGGAAGCGGAGUUCAUUGAAUGGAAAGGAACAGGGCAUGGUCUUCAGAUUCAACAUAAAAACAGGUUCAACGAGCUACUAGAGAGAGUUGCGACGGAAGGUAGAGAACGAUUAUCAAGUCAUAAAGGUGAACUUGCGCGACCGGCUGCCUAA